UGACGAGUCUAAGAUAAAUGCGACCGCGAUGAGACGUAAUGAUUGAAAUAGUGCGACGUGACAUCACGAAGAUAUCCUCGAGAUAAUAUUGUAUUAGCGUGGGGACGACGACAGGUCAUUCGAGGAGUGGGUCAUGUAUGCUGCCGUGAGCAGAAGCGUAUCCACGAGCCGUUUCUGGUCGCGGGGACUCGCGCGCAUUUGCGAAUUGAGAUUGUCAACAUCAGCCAAGAAAAUUCCAAGCGAGGACCCAGAGGUGGCGGCGGAAAUCGCUGGCGUUACUGCGUGUAAAACGAUUUCAAAAGAGGCAAAAGUUGGGCCGAGGCUACAAACUGUACGUGUGUAUCGAUGGAAUCCAGAAACGCCGGAAGUAAAACCGUACAUGCAACAGUUCAGCAUAGAUCUGAACAAAUGCGGCAAGAUGAUGCUAGACAUAUUGAUAUUGAUCAAGGCGCAGCACGAUCCGACAUUGUCCUUCCGGAGAUCCUGUCGCGAGGGCAUCUGUGGAUCUUGCGGGAUGAACAUAAACGGCGUGAAUACCUUGGCUUGCAUAACGCAAAUAAAAGAAUCUCAGAAGCCAUUGGUGAUCUAUCCUUUACCGCAUACGUAUGUGAUUCGAGAUUUAAUUGCGGAUAUGUCCCAUUUCCUGGGACAAUUUCGCAAAAUCGAUCCGCAUCUAAAGCGACCGGGUGAGGACGAUUCCCUCGGUAUGCGGCAAAUUUUGCAAAGUCCAAGGGACAGGAACAAGCUCGAUGGAUUGUUCGAAUGCGUAAUGUGCGCAUGCUGCGCAUUUUCAUGUCCUCCUUAUUGGUGGCUCGGUGAUAAGUAUCUAGGACCUGCGGUGCUAAUGCAGGCAUACAAGUGGGUGAUAGACUCGCGGGACAUGGCACAUGAAGAAAGGCUGGGGAAGUUACGAGACUACUAUUCGGUUUAUCGAUGUCACACGAUCUUCAAUUGCACAAAGACGUGUCCAAAGGGUCUAAAUCCAGGAAGAGCAAUAGCGCAAUUAAAACGUUUGCUAGCCGGACUUACAAAGAAAGAGAAGCCAGACCUUGAGACAGCACUUCCGAAUUUCUGUCAAAAGGAGGAUAUUCAAGUAAAUCAAUAUUCAAGUAAAAAGGAAUAAAAAAAUAGAAUAUAGUUCGCGAAAGGUUCUUCUUUAUUGUAUGAAGUCCAUCACUUUGAAUAAAGAACUUAGCAUAAU